AUGCUGCAUGCCCUGCGGCUUAUCCACCCAGAUCCACCCAGAUCCACCCAGAUCCACUCGUAUCCACGACCCAAAAUACUACGUACGUACAGAGUUCAGGCGUCAAGUCUCGUACCGACGUCAGCGACCUUCGCGACACAACCCGGAGCUAGCGCAUCUUCGCCAACGGUGAUCAACCACCACCUCAUCAUCCUCGUGCACACAACCACGCAUCAUACCCGCAUCUUCCACAACUAUCUCGUCACCAGCCCUGGCCUGCGUCGUCGCCGCCUUCGGACUGAGAAGUCCCCCCACUGUAUGCGCAUGUUUAGAUUCAGUUCUUGGAUCUCCGAAUCCAGGAGUUGCGACAAGGUGGUGAAUGGACCAGAACUCAAGAUGGAGCCUCCUGCUCAGGUGAAUGAACUGCAUCCUCAAACAAUGAUUGAGUCUGUAGUGGGGAUUGUGUCUGGCGCUCCAUCGAAGCGAGGCUUCAGCAGUCUCGACGAGAGUGAAUUCGGAUCCGUCGGUGGGCCUCCCGGGAAACGAAUUAAACAGAGUCCUGGUAAUGAUAGCGAGGAACUCAACGGCGCUGCAGAGGAGCAAGUGAUUUCAACACUACCCCCGGACCGUUUGACUGCAAUCAAAGAAUCCAUCGACUCUCAGUUUAGUCUCGAGAUUUUGAUGAAGCACCAGGAACUGCGCCUGAUCGACCAAGAGAUUGGAAAAUGCCGAAUUGCUCUGGAGCAAUUACGUCGCGUUCAUUUGAUUCCUUUCCCAACAUCGUCGACAAAUCCCCUGACUCUGUCAAAUGUUAGUGACGGUGUUGGCCCUGCUGUUGGCUCAAAAGGUCGUGUUCCGAAAUGGGCUCCUCCCUUCGGAGUCACCGACGGGCCAUACUCAAAGCACUACACCAAGUGGCUCAUUCCAGACCCAAGUUUCGAUGGCCUACAAGCUGAAGCCUCAGAAAGACCACGUGCUGGAAAAUCUGUCCCCGAUAGCCGAAUGCGUAACAGUCUCUCUGAUGGCAUACCAGCGAACAAGUCCCGUUCCCAGAGAGGAUCCACGAGCCAGAACCUUUCAGCUCUCCCCAGCGGUUAUCCUCCAGUGAAGGAAAAGCCAGGACCCUGUGUUGUCAAGCGUGGCGAUGGCCAGUGGGUCAAGCUCAUUUGCCGAGACUGCCAACGACUCGACUUUUCUAGUACUCAAGGCUUCAUCAACCACUGCCGCAUCUCUCAUCGUAAUGACUACAAGAGUCAUGAAGAGGCUGCUCUUGACGCCGGACAUCCGUGUGAAGUUGAUAAGGAUGGUAAAUUCAUUGGUGAGGAGAAGUCCCCGGCACUCACACCUGGUGUCCACCCAAUGGUUAGAGAUGCUCCGUUCACCAAGCAAGCAUACUCGGCUCUUAUGUCUCAUAUCCAAUCCUCUUUGGCGUUGUAUGAUCAAGGAAAGAUUUCUGGGGUGGAUGCUAUGACUGGAGCAAGUUCGAUAUUGCGACGGAGACAGAUGCCAGCUACCCCCAGCAAAGAUUUUGUUCCCUCAUCGAGCACCCCGCAUCUGUCAGAGUUGAUGCGUAACAGUGGUUUCGCUGGCAACUUGGAACAGAUAGUAGCUGACGCUAAAGCGCCAAUCAACUGGGAGGAAGAGGAGGAGUCUGAUGGAGCAGAAGAAUCCACUCCCGAUAAAGUCGUAAGCGAUGGUCCUCGUAACAUGCCAAUGGGUGGUGAUGGUGCGUCCCCGCCACUUCCAACUAUGCGCAUGCCCGCACGUGUUUGUCUUUCGCCAGCACCUCUUGGUCGACCGAGCAGCAGCAAGGGAACUGAUGUAAGACUUCCCGGACUCAGCGGUAUCUCGCAACGUCCGUCCCAUGCGACUCCAGUGCUUGGCACGGCCCCUGUACAUCACAACAACAGACCUUCCAGCCGCUUCGGCCAAAUGGACGGCUCCUCGGAUGAACGUCGUCAGGAAAUCGACAUCGAUAUGGAUAUGAUGCAUGGCUCGUCUAGGAUCGACCUCAGCCCCAAUACAGCUUCGAGCCACAAUGCACCGAGUCUGGUCAGCGAUGAUGGCGAGUAUGACGAAGGAGAUGAUGCCGAGAGCGCGCGUUCGCACAGUGAGGACGAGGAUAGCGAUGUAGCCGAAAUCAAACUUGACGAUGAUAACGUCGAGAAAGUCAUUCCGCGGACGGUACUGAUGGGGCGCGCUGGUAAUGGGCUAAGCAAGGAUGAGAGGCAUGUUACAUUUGUGAAAGCAGAAAAGGGCAGGCUGCAGGCUUGA